CCCGCCAUUUUGAAGGAGCCACGCAAGGCGAGGGCUAGCUUUUCUCUCCGAUUUGAGGCAAUUUUGAACUUACCUCAACCCCAUAUAGCUAUAAACGCUUUUCGUAGACAGAAAUGGCCGAGAGAAGCAGCGAGAUUGCUUUGGACGAACUGCCAUCUAGAUCUACACACCCUGUGAAAGAGACAAACAGCGGUGGGACAUUAGACAUUGAGUGGCAGCAGCUGCAUGAGCUAAAGGGCAUCUCAUGCGAGGAAACUUGUGCAACAAAGUCUAACCAUCCACUUGUACAUGGUCGUUUGGAGCGAGCGGACGCGCAAGAAAUGAAAUUAAUAAUUACUGCAGACGGACGAUUCGCAUGUACGAAAUGUGAGUAUAGCACAGAUGUUAAGUCUAACAUGAUAAAACACACGAGGAAACAUACAGGUGAGAAACCGUUCAAAUGCCAGCAAUGCGACUAUUCUGCUGCGCAGAAAUGUACUUUGGUCCGACACAUGACUACACACACUGGAGACAAACCCUACAUGUGUGGUGAGUGCGGAUACAGGGCAGCUUUUCGGUCAAACCUAACCCACAUGAGGAAACAUACAGGUAUGAAACCCUAUAAGUGUGACCAGUGCGACUAUUCUAGCACCGAGAAAAAAGCUUUAAGCCGACACAUUUCUUAUAAACACACUGCUGGCAAAAAAGCCUACAUGUGCGAAGAGUGUGAAUACAGAACAGUUGACAGGUCUGACUUAAUCAAACAUAUGAGAACACACACAGGGGAAAGACCCUAUAAGUGUGAUCAAUGUGACUAUUCUGCUGCACAGAAAGGUACUUUAAACCAACACAUGUAUAAACACACCGGAGACAAACCCUACAUGUGUGGGGAGUGCGGGUUCAGGAUGGCCGAUAGGUCUCACCUUUCCAAACAUAUGAAAAGACAUAGAAGCGAGAAGCCCUACAAAUGUGAUCAAUGCAACUUUUCAUCUGCAUGGAAAGGUAACUUGGAUCAACACAUGUUGAAACAUACUGGAGAUAAACCCUACAUGUGUGGAGAAUGCGGGUACAGGACGGCUCGCAAGUCUCACCUUUCUGAACAUAUAAGAACACAUACAGGUGAAAGACCAUACAAGUGUGACCAGUGUGACUAUUCCGCUGCACGGAAAGACAAUUUAGACCAACAUAUGGCUAUACACACCGGAGACAAGCCCUUGAUGUGUGGGGAGUGUGGGUACAGGACGGCUCGUAGGUCUCUUCUUACCGAGCAUUUGAUGAAACACACAGGCGAGAAACCUUACAAAUGUGAUCAAUGUAACUAUUCUGCUGUAAGGAAAGGUAAUUUGGACCAACACUUAUUGGAACAUGCUGGAGAGAAACCCUACAUGUGUGAUGAGUGCGGCUACCGCACAGGUAUGAAAUCCCACCUAUCAAGCCACAUGAGAAUACAUACAGGUGAAAAGCCCUACAAAUGUGACCAGUGCGAAUAUUCCGCAGCACAAAAAGGUACUUUACAUCGCCACCAAGCACGACACUCUGCUGAAAAGCCAUGAAUGCAUAAUCAUAAAUAUCCAUACUAUUUUAUGAAGGGGCUGUUGCUAUUAUUUGUAUUUCUCUAUUUUCUAAGAGGAAAGCGGCAUAACUUGCAUUUAGUGGCUUAUAACUUGCAUUUAGUGGCUUAAGUAGAAAAAACAAACGAUGUCAUUUAUGUAUAUCCACCAAAUUUGGAAUCAUUGUUGUUCUCUUGAGAGCCUAUUUUGAACUGAGACUUGGUGGCUAAUGGUUAUGCCCUGGAAUAUGAGUCACGUGGCUUUCUUUCCAGUGAGGCAUCUGGGCACCCUUUUUAUAUAGGUAGUUAAUAUUGUAAUAACCAAGGUACUUGUAUUUCCUGUUAUCAACAUCGAUAUUGUAUACCCUACUCUGACGGAAAUAUUCUAUGUUGGACUGCAUAUUAUUGUUUUAGUAACGAAGUAAUAUUAAUAUUCACAGCUGAAAAACUUUGCCUUUAUCUACGAGUAGCCAAAUGUCUGGGAAACACUAUUAUUAGCCUCUAUAGCAGGCUCUCUUGGGCCUUUUUAAACUCAAAAUACAAUUGUACUGGGUUGCUGAUUGCCGUCAUUUGCUGAUUACUAGCCCCUUAUUCAGUACAAAAAAAUGGCCAAAAAAAAAGGCCACAGAGAGCCUGCUAUGGAGGCUAAUGAUGUCGUCACUACUGACUUGUGUAGAAUUUCUUAAUUGUUAUUUGAUAUGAGAACAUUAUACUUACAUCAUGCAUGAUUAUGCAUGUACUGUGCUGAUUCAAAACACAAAUGUGUGAUCGAUUAAUAAAGCUGUCUGAGAUGU